AGCAACUUUUCCUCCAGUAUCAGAUCAGUCAACCGAGAAUAAGUUGUUUACCUAAGGCGAAAAAGGUGGCCCAACUCCAAGAUUUUUUAUUUAUGGUUGUUAGCUACAUGUUAGCUCGUUGUUCAGUCGACAAAACUAGAUGUAUCAUACAAAAAUGUUUCCCUGAAUUAACGUUAGCGUUAACUGUCGCUGUAACCGUCGACGACAGACUUUGAACAUGGCGAGACGUGACGUUAUUAAUUAAGUUAAUUGUUAACUCACAGUCUUAUCCGUUUGUUUUGAUCGUGACCUAGCUUAGAUUAAAGCGGACUCAACCCGUUAAAAAACCUAAUACUUGCUGAGCAGACAGUCCCAAGUGUAGCCUACUGUGUAUUAUUAGCCUAGCUGGGUCAUAACAAAAAAUACCCGCUUUUAGAACAGUCAUUGUUGCUAGGGUUCUUCAUAUCAACACGUCCGCGGUACCAAAGCAACAGAUGGACGGUGAAGCAGGCCCAGUGUGUGGAGGCAGCCAGAGAGAGAAGAAAAGGUCAUGCAAAGACUUAAUGAUGGAGGUUGAGGAGCUGGAGGAACCAGAUUCGGAUUUUGAGGAAUGUAUCACCAAGAAGCUUUACAAGGUGGACUCUGGGUCUGCACUGGAAGAACCAGAAAAUUUACUCAACAAGAAAUGGAAACACUCGGGUAAAAGUGAAGCUGAGCCUGAACUUAAUGGAGCAGAGUCAUCUGGCUUCCUCCCUGCUUAUCCAGUCUGUGUGUCACAAGACAGAUGGGAAGAAAGAGAAGUAGAAGAGGGUAUCCAAGACAAGUUUUUGCAUUCAUAUUGCACAGCAGAGGGCAGCACUGAUCAGGCAAGUCCAAGUUCCAUGUUAGAGUACUGGGUGUAUCCAGAAAACCAGCACAGCAUGGCAGACUGUCCCAUUACCAAGACUAUCACCUCUCCUGCUACUCCAGUAACUCACAGGCCUUGUCCAUUCAUACCUGUUUCUAGUUCAGUGGCAGCCGUUGAUUCUACAGUGUGCUCUGUAGUCAUUCCCAUGAUGUCUAGCCCCAUUAGUUCUAUGUGCAGUCCCAUCAGUUCAGCCUUGGACACUCUCAGUUCCACAUCCACAAGUCCUGGCUGCGCUGAUCAGGAUCCUGUCAGUGCUGCAGCUCACCUACACCUGUUGGGAGAAUCCUUGUCCCUGAUUGGACACCAUCUUCAGGAGACCAAUAAAAUGGUGAGUAUGUCGAGUAGCUUGUCUCUGCUCUUGGACUCUCUGCUAUGUGCCCUGGCUCCUCUAAUCUGCCUCACCGCACAGAUACCCGAGCUGAGGAGCUGCACUCAACACACACUGGCCUCCACUCUGGGAAACAUUGCCUAUGUAAUGCCCGGGUUGUGAGUGAAGACCACACUAGCAUCACACUGCACGUUCGAAUAUUCUGAAAGACAUUCUAGGUUAGUUUAUACUUGAAAAAUACAUCUAAAAUCUAUUUUGUCAUAAAAGAAUAAUUGUUUGCACUAAACCUUUUUUUUUUUUAAUCACAAACAUACAAGUUUACUUUAAUAUGUCAGGUUACUUUCUUGUAUUUGUAAAAGAUGUGUGUAAAGAU